CUUUGGUUUUUUGAGAUAGAGAGUCACUUUUCUCCUCAACCAAGAUAUCAGAGGGAAACAAGAUUCCUCAACAGGCGGAGCCACGCUUUGCUGUGGGUUAUGCUGAUAGGAUGGGCGGCGGCUUCCGGAAGUUGUGGCAGGGAUAGGUCUUGCAACCCGGAAGGAUUUCUGGAGCCCAGCCGUUAGUGCCGCGUGUGUUGUUUCAAGUGUACGCACGUUAAUGCGAAGGUGUUUCAGAAUGACAAAGAAAAGAAAACAUCAAGAGGAUUUUCACAAGGUGAAGCUAAAAGUUGGAAAAAAGAGGCCUAGACUCCAAAAUGCAACAGAUACAAAUUUCAAAACAAGAGCCAUACAUCUUUCUGAGCAGCUUAGAGAGGAUGGAAUGCUUCCAACAAAUAACAGAAAGCUUAACAUAAAGGAUCUUCUUUCACAAAUGAACCACUACAGCGCAGGAAUUAAACAAAGUGCGCUUUUUGGACUCAAAGAUCUGCUGACCCAGUAUCCGUUCAUAAUUGAUGCACACCUUUCAAAUAUACUAAGUGAGCUGGCAGCUGUGUUUACUGACAAAGAUUCUACUGUACGAGCAGCAGCAAUUUGCCUCCUUCAGUUCUUGGCUCCAAAAAUACGAGCUGAUCACAUCUCUCCAUUUUUCCCAUUAGUUAGUGCGCAUCUCUCCAGUGCCAUGACUCACAUCAGUGAAGGAAUUCAGGAGGAUUCUUUGAAGGUAUUGGACAUUCUGUUGGAGCAAUACCCUACUCUCCUGGUAGAUCGCAGUAGUGUAUUGCUGAAUAACUUUGUAGAACUUAUUUCCCAUCAACAACUGUCGAAACAACUGAAAAAUAGAGAAAAAGUAUGCUGGAUGCUGUCUGUUAAUCCUAAUCGUAGGGUAACUUCCCAACAGUGGAGGCUUAAUGUAUUGGCCAGACUCCGAAAGUUCCUUCAGGUGCUGGUGGAAGGAUCUAGUGAAUUAGAAACUGUCUGUGAAGGACUACAAGUGCCAAAUGAGAGUCCUCAAGUACAAAGAGACUCCUUACAUGUUACCUGGCAGGAAUAUGCCAGUGGCCAACAGCAUAUCCACUUGUAUGAAAAUGGUGGCCCACAAUUCAGAAUUAAUUCAACUUUCAGGCUCAGGUCUUUGGUGAGUAUGACAGGCAGUGUUGAAAAAGGCCUGUCCUCUACUGAGAAUUUAAAAAGUUUUAUUCAAAUUAUAAUUCCACUGCUGCUUGAUUGUUGGAUUGAAGCAUCUCCUACACAACUUGCGGCUCCCAUUAUUGGAAAUCUUCUGGAACCUGGAUCUCAGCAGCUUAUGGAGCAAGUACUUGGUAUCAUACAUAUGUUGUGGAAGCUUGCAAAGCAAAAUGAAGAUCUAGAUGAAAUGGAAGUGUGGCUUCGAGCAAAUUACCUGAUUGAUUUCAAGAACCAUUUCAUGUGUCAUUUUCCUUACUCUUUCCAAGAAACAAUCAAGCACAGAAAGAAAGAGUCCUUGAAAAGCAACAAGUAUUAUAUGACAUCUUCAAACAAUAUUGAUCAUCUCAUGCUGAAUUUAACCUUAUGUGAAAUCAUGGUCUCACUGGCAAGUGCUUCAACACUGCAAAUGGAUUCUCAUUGGCUAGAUAUGAUUAGAAAGUUUGUGAUAGAGACCUUUCAGGAUGGAUGCAAGUUAAACAGUAAGCAUCUGAAUAAAUUGCUCAGAGUGACUUGGAGACUUGUACAGAUUCAAAUAAACAAAGUGGCAACAGAGACUCUAAUGAAAGCAGUGUACACACUUUAUCAGCAAAGAAACCUUUCUUUCCCCAUCCGCACAUUGCUUUUGAAAUUUUUCAGCAGAGUUUAUCAAAAGGAAGAGUUGAAUCUUCAUACAAACAGAAGGAGAAGUAAAGUAUUAACUCGUUGGCUGGCUGGUCUACCUCAACAGCUUGUUCUUCUUGGCUUGAGAAACCCGGAGCUUUCAGACCAGUUGAUCGGUACUAUUUAUUCUGCCGCAUCUCAAGCAAACAAAGAAAUCCUGCGAAGUUUGCAAGCUGCUGCUCCUCGGAUUUAUGAUCCACUAGAUGGUGCUGUCACUCUUUUGCCAGUAGAAUUGCAACAACGUUUAGUCCAGCUUGUUUAUUUUUUGCCACAUUUACCAGGCAAUCUGCUUUCUUCUCUCAGUCGCUGUUGUAUUAUGGGAAAAUUAUCUGUAAGGUUAUCUACUACUCUUAUUGGGAUACUGCGUAUGAGAUCCUCUUUUGUGGGAUGGAAAUACUCACUGCAAAGCAAUUCAGUGACUGAUAAGGAUUACUUCAGCUUCUUGUUUUCGACUCUUACAGGCUUUUCCCGCGAAGAGUUGACUAACCUUCAGAGUAUUAGAGGGAGACCACACAUAAGCCAAACCCAGUUCUCUCCUGUCCAGCUCUAUUUGACAGAUCUGGAUCAGUUUUCAUACCACUGGGCAGUGACAGAGCUUGUUUGUCCUGCCUGUGGCCACCAGAUGGCAGCCAUGAUCUAUAUGAAGUCUCAUUCAUCAUCCCUGAAAAGGUACCUUAAGGUGGUGACUCAGUGCCUGUCUACUAUACCUUCACGAAGCCAGUGCAUAGAUAUUGUACAAAGUGGCAUUCAUAAAUAUCUGGCAGGGUUGACAGUAAUACCUGACAGUACUGCUGGAUCUGUUUUGUGUGCCAUUAGUAAGCUUUUGGAUCAAGCAUGCCCUCUUAAUGAAAAUCUCUCCAAGUUCCUAGCUGCUUUGUGUUACAGUCUCCUUUAUCUCCUCUUAACAAUAGAGAGAGAAGAUACAGAACACCUACAGAAGCGGGAUGUAUUGUGGAAUUCUUGUAUUUCAUUGCUAACCACCUCGCCUCGUGUAUUGAGGGUGAUGUUGCAGAGUCUUCAAGUGAGCAGAGUCUGUCAGGAGGAAUUGCCUGUCCUUGCCCAGCUCCUUCGUUUGCUAAUGCAACAUGGACAGCUUCGGAGUCAUAUGAUGACCAAUGAACUUCUAGUGAAGCAGAUUGUCAAAGAUAUGGUGUUGAAGAGUGGUGAAGCUCAAGAGCAGUGGCUGACAGACCUCCAUUACUAUUUCAAUAUAUACCUAGCCACACACACCCCAGGAUCUGGUGCAGCUAACACAGUAUAUUAAAGAGGACAGCUGCAUUUAGUUGCAAAUGUGUUGUUUCUGUUUUGGUCUCAAUGCAAAAUGCCAAUUUUCUGCAGAAAUUAAAGUACGUUUCAUUAAAAUAAUUUUUUAUGUAAAAA